AUGGCCAACACAAAAACUUCCGACAUCUCUUCAAGACGUGGCAGUGGGAACAGUGAGCCACCGUUUGCCAUUCUCACGAUUCCUGAAACCGUCGAAAACGGCGCGUCCGAAGCGGACACGGCGUCCGGCGUCUCGCUGACCGUGGGCGCCGUGUCGUCAUUCAGUGCCAGGCAGAGCGGCCGCUCGGACACCCACGCGUCCGAGUGCAGCAGCCUGGCGCCGUACUGGAUGCCGGACGAGAUCAAGCACUACUUCCGCCACCGCCACUCGGAGGAGGACAGCAGCGGAAAGACGGACGUGGCGCUGCGCGAAAUUGGCCGCGAGAGGGAGCUGCCGGCGAUCGACGACAGCGACUGGUCCGGGUGGCGCGCAAAAUGGUGCUUCAAUCCCCGACCCGCGCUUGUCGCGAUUGUGGCCGUCUUGACCGGCGCCCUGCUCGCCUUGCUGCUGUCCGCGGUCGUCGACGAGUUCCACGUCACACUGCCGGGGUCCCGAGCCCGAGGUGCUGACGCCGCCGCACCGGGCGACGAUUCUGCGGCAGCGCCGGGUGAAGGCACCAACGUGAGCCACAGGGACUUCCUGAUGCCGAUCCCGAAACGCGACAGCAAACGAGACGAAGAGACGAUCACCCCGGAAGACGUCAACACCGCACGGCACCACAAAGUGGGGGAGGCGGCUGCGAGCGGGGUCGAAGAGGCGACGCCGAAUGGAGACGCCGAGCAGAUGCACAGCGCUGCUGGCGAAGCCUACAAAAGGAACGGCUUCGCGGGUUCCAACAAAUCGGCCAAACGCCGCACACAACAGCCGCAUCACAUAAGGGAGCCGCGUAAUCUUGCGAAAGACAAUUGA